UUCACUUUCCCUCCGACAUGUGGUAAGGUAGCUGACGUCUUUGUGCGCCAUGAUUGGUCCAUAGUUUUCGCGGACUUGAUAUUACAAUUCGAGACCGAUAGAACAAGGUAUUAUAACGUCAGUCAGGCGCUGCGGGAACAGUAGGAAAGAUAAGCACAUCAGCAAUCAUGGAUUGUGUCAACGGUAACCAAAUUGACAGUGACAGCUGGGAGUCUCACAACAGGAUGAUGCUGGAGCCGCUAUGUACCAAUGAUCCCGAGGUGUUUGACAUCAUCAAGAAGGAAAAGAGAAGGCAGAUCUACGGGCUAGAACUCAUCGCCUCAGAGAAUUUCACCAGUCGGGCGGUGUUGGAAGCCCUGGGGUCAUGCAUGAACAACAAAUACUCAGAAGGCUACCCUGGCCAGAGGUAUUAUGGAGGCACAGAGCAUGUUGAUGAGCUGGAAUUGUUGUGUCAGAAGAGGUUUUUGGAGGUCUAUGGCCUAGACUCUGAUAAAUGGGGGGUCAACGUUCAGCCUUACUCAGGGUCGCCGGCCAACUUUGCUGUAUACACAGCCUUGGUAGAGCCUCACGGAAGAAUCAUGGGCCUUGACCUCCCAGACGGAGGUCACCUCACACAUGGUUUCAUGACCGACAAAAAGAAGAUUUCGGCAACCUCCAUAUUCUUUGAGUCUAUGCCGUACAAGGUCAAUCCGGAUACUGGUUACAUUGACUAUGACCGCCUGCAGGAAAAUGCCCGCCUUUUUCAUCCAAAAAUGAUCAUUGCAGGUACAAGCUGUUACUCGCGUAACCUGGAUUAUGCGCGCAUGAGAAAGAUUGCAGAUGAGAACGGAGCGUAUCUGAUGGGGGACAUGGCUCACAUUAGUGGGCUGGUUGCAGCCGGAGUGGUUCCCUCUCCCUUUGAAUACUGCGACAUUGUGUCCACAACCACUCACAAGACCCUGAGAGGCUGCAGAUCAGGAGUCAUCUUCUUUAGGAAGGGGGUACGCAGUGUGGACCCAAAGACUGGCAAGGAGACCAUGUUCAACCUGGAGAACCCGAUCAACCAGGCAGUGUUCCCAGGGCUGCAGGGAGGUCCCCACAACCACGCCAUUGCAGGAGUUGCUGUGGCACUGAAACAAGCCCUAACUCCAGAGUUCAAGGACUACCAGAAACAGGUGCUGGAGAACUGCAGGGCAUUGGGAUCGACGCUGAUGAAUAAGGGCUAUAAGAUUGUGACCGGUGGCUCCGACAAUCACCUUAUCUUGCUCGACCUUCGACCCCACGGCAGUGACGGAGGGAGGGCAGAGAAGGUCCUGGAGGCGUGUGCUAUUGCUUGCAACAAAAACACAUGCCCAGGAGACAAAAGUGCCCUGCGCCCCAGCGGCCUGCGACUUGGCUCCCCAGCCCUCACCUCCCGGGGGUUGGUAAAGGACGAUUUCUGCAAAGUUGGCGAGUUUAUCCACAGAGGUAUUGAGCUCACCAUUGAGAUCCAGGCGAGCAUGAACCCCAAGGCUACUCUGAAGGAGUUCAAGGACCUGCUUGCCAAAAGUGAGAAGUACCAAAUGAAAGCGAAAGAGAUAAGGGAAGAAGUUGAGGCUUUUGCUGGCAAGUUCCCCAUGCCUGGACUUCCAGAGUUGUGAAAACUCUGCUGUCAAUUUGUUUUGUUUUUCGACUGCAUAGCAUUUACCUUUUUUUUUAUUUUUGAAAUCGUUACAAGAUAAUAAUGACUUAAAGGCACUAUGCAUGUUGCACAGAUGUUAAACUUCCAGUCUUUUCUAUCAAGUUGGAUGACAUGCAUCUUGUAUUUUCAUUGUUAAGAAGUCUCUAUCCAUUUUUCCAGUGUUUGCAUACAUUGUAAACUGAGCCAGAUGGAUGGAAACAAACCUGCUGAAUAUGAUAAUAAAGCACUGCAAAUAUUUUGAA